AUGACCAGAAUACAUUCGAAGUUAGACUCUCUAGCAUCGCGUCUCGUAGAUUCCAAUGAUUCCCGGGAGGAAGAUCAAGAAGACGACGAUGCUAUCUUUGCAGAACUCGAAGCAGAGAUAGAGAACGACGCUGAUGCAACAGUGCGAGAUCGGGGCCUAGAGCAGCUCAGGCUCGAAAUGCAAAGAGCCAAAGAAAUGAGAGAAAAUGCCCAUGGGAGAUAUAUGGAGAUCACGAACGAGAAAGAGGCCAUCCGGAUAAGUGGGAAUGAGUCACACUGCGUGAUUCAUUUUUACCAUAGCAAUUUCAGGAGAUGUGAGAUCAUGGACAAGCACCUCGCAAAACUUGCGCCAAAAUACUAUGCUACGCGUUUUAUUCGCGUCUUCGUGGAGAAUAUGCCAUGGCUAGUUGAGAAGCUUGCCAUUAAAGUCCUUCCAUGUUUGAUGUGCUUCGUCGAUGGGGUGUCAAAAGACCGUCUUAUUGGGUUCGAAGAACUCGGGAAUAAUGAUGCGUUUGAGACUGCGGUACUCGAGCUUAGGCUAGCGAACAGCGGUAGUGAUCUCGCCUAUACCUCGUCACUUAUGUCUAAUCGUCCUUCGACAGGUGUCCUUCAAAAAGCGCGAAAUGCUUAUGAAUCUGGUAUCACAUACAACGUCUCGUCAUCUUCAAACACAAGUAAAUUACGAAGGGGUGGACAGACAGAUCAGGAUGACGACGAGUUUGAUUUAUGA